AUCUUUAAAAUGCUCCCUGGUGUGGUUAGGUCACGCAAAGGUUUGUGCAGUCAUUAUAAAUCAUGGGAAUAUGUGGGAAUAAUAGUGGAGCCGCCUCUGUAGGGAAUAUUAGACUUUGCCUUUAUCCGGGGAGCUCAGUGGACUGGGUUUAAACAUUAAUUUGGCUGCUGUCUCUGAGAUUUCUCUGUACGGCGCUGAUUCUGAACCAGAUCACAAUGACCGAUUUUGCAGAAAUCCUAAAAAAUGUGGGGGAAUUUGGAAGAUUCCAAAAAGUGUUGGUGGUUAUCCUUUCCUUCCUGAGCUUCCUCAAUGCCUUCCAUAUGUUCGGCCAGGUCUUUAUGGAGAUCUCUGUGCCCCACCACUGCAACACCGGCUGGAUCCUUCACAUAGACCCAAACCUGACCCAAGAAGCGCGGCUGAACUACACUCUCCCCAGGAACGGGCAAGGACACUAUGAGCAAUGCAGCAUGUACUCGCCAGUGGAGUGGGACAUAGAGUCCAUUGAAAAGUAUGGGCUGAACAGCACCGGGCCGUGCCAGGAUGGAUGGGAGUACGACAUGUCGGAGCAGAAAUCAACCCUGGUCACUGAGUUUGACCUGGUGUGUCACAGGAGAGAACAGACCGGCAUCUCCCAGUCCAUCUACAUGUCGGGACUUCUAAUAGGAGCUCUGGUUUUUGGGCCUUUAGGCGACAGGAUUGGACGGCGCCCGGUUAUACUGAUAUCGAUGUUCAUGCAGCUGAUCUUUGGGCUGGCGGCAGCGUUUUCACCCCAUUUCUACGUUUACACGGCCUUCCGAUGGGUCGUCGGAACUGCCAUGUCGGGACUCAUGAUAAACAACCUUGUUUUAGUUGCUGAAUGGGUGGGAUCUUCACGCCGGGCUUGUGCCACCAUUACGGGCCACGUCUGCUUUGCAGUAGGACUAAUGGCUUUGGCCGGGGUUUCUUAUGGGAUUCGGAACUGGAGGAUCCUGCAAAUAGUGAGCUCUGUUCCAACGGCUCUACUGUUUUUCUACAUCUGGGUUCUGCCUGAAUCUGCGCGGUGGCUUUUCAUAAAAGGAAAGAAUGAAAAAGCAGUAAAACUCCUCAAAAAAGCAGCGUCUAUGAAUAAAAAGAAGAUCCCAGAGGAUUUGCUGAUGCAGUUUCAUGAAGAGAAAAGCCCUCAAUCUGGAAACAUGAUAGACCUGUUCAGAAACAAGACCCUCAGAAAGCUGACACUGGUUAUGUGUUUGGUAUGGUUUGUGAACAGCCUUGUCUAUUACGGUUUGAGCCUGAACGUGGGCAGUUUUGGGCUGGAUAUAUACCUCACUCAGCUUGUAUUUGGAGCUGUAGAAAUCCCCGCCCGCAUUGGCGCCAUGUUUGCGGUGCAGCUGUUGGGUAGAAAGCCGAGUCAGAUGUUUUGUUUGUUCCUGGGAGGAAUAGUCUGUCUUAUCAUUACCGUUAUACCAAGGAACUUGCCCGUUGUCAUCACAGUAUUGGCAGUGAUUGGGAAAUUCUCCAUUGCUUCUUCCUUUUCCAUUUGUUACAUAUACGCGGCGGAAGUCUUCCCAACUGUCAUUCGGCAGAAUGGAGUGGGCCUGGCCUCCAUGGCGGCGCGGGUAGCUGGAAUCAUUGCACCUCUUAUCAGUCUUCUGGAUAAAUAUCACCCGGCCAUACCCAUGGCAAUCUAUGGGAGCGGGCCCAUCAUCGGGGGGAUCCUCUGCUUCCUUUUACCAGAAACACGCAACAAGGACCUUCAAGAUCACACGGAAUCGACUGAGCAAAAAAAGAGCUCUAACAGUGUGCCAGAAGAACGCCUUAUAAACGGAACGGAUCACAAGCUGGAAACGGACCCAGUUCCACCAAAGAGCACCCGUCUAUAGAAACCAUUGAAAGACACAAAGACACCAGCUGGAACCAGGCAGCUGUUUUAUGGGAAUAUCAAAUAUUUCAUCAGCUUCUCAGUGGUUUUCCUGUAUUUAUAAAAUAUCUUUUCUGGGCCCUCAAUCUCCUCUACAACAGCUACAUUUGGCUCAAACACGGAGACCAAAUUAUCUGCACUGUCUGUUCCCUGGCUGGAACAUGGAUUUUUUUGGAAAAUCUGGAAAAGACACAGGGUAUAUUGCGUGUUUACAAGCAGAAGCCUAUUCCUGCAACUUUCUGUAUGCAGCCACUCACCAUUAUCUCUUAUUCUGAUCGUCAUUAUGUCCGUAGAGAAAUUCUAGAACAUUUAUUUUAUAAAAGGACAUUUCUCUGGGUGAGAAUCAGUUUUUGAAAUAAAACUUUUCCAUGUCAAGAAAA